AUGGUGUCUCAGAGCAGAGGUUGUUCUGGACAUCGAUGUUGCAACAGAAGAGCUCUGUGUGUUUCAGCCACGUUGCUCUGCUGUAUCGGACUCGGCGCUCUCGGAGUCGGCGUCAGCUUAACGCUCCUCGUCUCUAGACCUCCUGCAUAUGUUCGUGACUGCUUGAUCGCUGAGAACGCUUCAGGGUUUCUGUGUGAUGACAGAGUGACCUGCGUCCCAGCUUCUGGUCUGUGUAACGGCAUGUCCAGCUGUCCAGACGGAGCUGACGAGGACAGACUCAUGUGCAGUAUGCAGCUUUCUGCUUUACCUCCUUCCUCUGACGUGGUGUUGUUUAUUUCUGCAGUGAUGGACGUGUUUAACGCUGACCCGAUGGUUCGCUGUGGAAAUCCUCGAGUCUGGAUCUUCGCUGAUCAGAAGUGUAACCACAUGAACGACUGUGGAGACUGCUCUGAUGAAGUCUACGCGAGCUGUCCUCCCUGCGCUGGAGACUGGUGGUCAUGUGACCCCACAGAGUUUCACUUCUGUUCCUGUGUCCCUCGAUAUUUCUGUAACGAUGGAAGGCAUCACUGCUCUGACGAACACAUCUGCCCCAAAACCUAA